GAAUAGACCCAGAUCAAAAUUUAUGAUUGUCACACAUUUCUUUAAUAAAAAAAAGUCAUCGAGAGAGAGAGAGAAAGAGAGGGGUUGGGUGGGUGAGAAAUUGAGAAUUGAGAUUGCUUUCGGCUUAAAAGCUUUAAAGCUCAAACUGGCCUCGUCUAUGCGGUAUUGGGCAGUUAAGGGAUACAAGAUAUUGAAACAUCUCCCCUGCUACCUUUUUGCAAACUCUCUCUCUCUCUCUCUCUCUCUCUCUCUCAGUGAGUCGUAGGUUUAGCUAUCCUUUGAAUACUCAAAGUCCAAAACCUCUAUGUGGGUUUCUUUAUAUGCACAUCAUUAUAUAUUUUAUUCACAAGGGCUAAAGAAAGAAACUUUGUUUAGUUGCCAUGGCCACCACCCUUAAUUCUAGACUUCCAUGUUAAGACUUAAGAGGGUUCUCAAUAAUAUUUGCAUUAACUCUUAGUCUUAUUCAGCUCAUCAAAAUUUUCGUCUUUCAUUCUCCAUUGAGGGAGAGAAAAAAAAAUGUGGGACUUGAAUGACUCCCCUGAUCGGAGAAGGGACGACGAAUCGGAGGGGUGCUCUUCGCAGAAAACUUCUUUGGACGGUGAAGAUGACAAGGGAAAACGCGUCGGAUCUGUGUCUAAUUCUAGCUCCUCUGCUGUGGUAAUCGAGGAUGGAUCCGAAGAAGAUGGUAGUGGUGAGAGGGGUAGAAUCAAGAAGCGUACUAGCAAGAUAUUCGGGUUCUCUGUCGCCCAUGAUGACUCCAUGGAGAGUGACCCACCUGUGACCCGGCAGUUCUUUCCGGUUGAGGACCAAGAAAUGGGGGCAACAUCUGGUGGCAGUGGUAGCGGUGGAGGAGGAGGUAGUGGAGCUGGAUUUCCUCGGGCUCACUGGGUCGGAGUCAAGUUUUGCCAGUCGGAGUCACUUGCUUCUCCGAAAUCCGUUGAGGUCUCGCAACCGUUAAAAAAGAGCCGGCGCGGACCCCGGUCGAGAAGCUCUCAGUAUCGCGGUGUCACCUACUACCGGAGGACCGGCCGCUGGGAGUCUCAUAUAUGGGAUUGUGGGAAGCAAGUCUAUCUAGGUGGAUUUGACACUGCACAUGCAGCUGCUCGUGCAUACGAUAGGGCAGCUAUCAAGUUUAGAGGAGUGGAGGCAGAUAUAAAUUUUGGUAUUGAAGAUUAUGAGGAAGACUUAAAACAGAUGAGCAACCUUACUAAAGAAGAGUUUGUGCAUGUACUUCGCCGACAAAGCACCGGUUUUCCCAGAGGAAGCUCCAAAUAUAGGGGUGUGACCUUGCACAAGUGUGGAAGAUGGGAAGCUAGAAUGGGUCAAUUUUUAGGCAAAAAGUACGUGUAUUUGGGUUUGUUUGAUACUGAAAUUGAAGCUGCAAGGGCCUAUGAUAAGGCUGCUAUCAAGUGCAAUGGCAAAGAGGCAGUGACCAAUUUCGAUCCCAGCAUUUAUGAAAAUGAGAUUAACUCUGCAGAAACGUCUGGUUGCGCUGCAGAUCACAAUCUUGAUUUGAGUUUAGGCAAUUCGGGUUUGAAGCAAAACGGUGUAGGAUUAAGUAAUGAUAGGCAAAAUGCUGAAAUGGAUCCGCAGUCAGCAUCGCUUCCAUUCGAAGCUGAUUGGAGAAACGCUGGAAUUAGGCCUAAGCUAAACCUGUAUAGAAGUAGUGAAAGUGAUGACCAUAGAAGAGAAGGGUACAGUGAGACUGAAACAAUGCAGCUUCUUAGCCAAACCCACAUUCAAUCUCCAGGAAAUGAAGCACAAAUAUACGGACAACUCAGGAGACCUGGAGAGACCCAGAUGCUUCAUGGGUUUUCGCCAAACUAUCAAUUUCCAAGCAGCAGCAAUGGAGGCCGAAUUGGCAGUGAUCUUUCCAUAUCUCCAAGCGAUUACCACCACCACCAACAGCAACAAUGGCAAUCCGGACCUCCUCCUCCUCCUCAACAGUUGGUUGCAAAUGCUGCAGCAUCAUCAGGAUUCCCACAGCAGAUUAGGACUCCGCAAAACUGGCUGCAGAAAAAUGGGUUUCACUCCAUCUUGAGACUCUCUUAACCCAUAUUCUUUAAGUAGCCUUUCAAUUUUCUUCCUUACGACACCCUGUAAUCUCAAUCCUCACCAUGCAUUGCUUCUAAGCAAAUGUAAAGAACAAUGAAAGAGUGACAUCCCCAACCAUCCCUGAGACCCACGAAAGGGAAAGAAAGAGAGAAAGUUCCAAGCCUCUGGGAAAUGUUGGUUACCAGUGAAAACUAACAAAGGAACUAAAUCUUUGAGCUAGUUAUAUAUAUAUUCAUUCUGCUUUUCUGACUAAAAA